AUGAACAUUUUAAACGUUGACGUACUGCCUCCUCCUGGUCACGAUGGGGACGACGAAGCCGGUGAAAACCCGACUUUCAUACGUCUUUCUUCUACUUCUGGGCUACAAGACAGUAGUGAUGAUCCUAAUCGUCCCCAUUCUCAUCGUUCUGGAGCUCGUAGACGUCGUAAAAUUGACAAAGGUAUUCAGCUGAUUCUACUUCGAAAGUAUGUGCAAUGCGCGAAGCAAUUUAACCGAUUACCCGAUCAAAUAACAACGGAGCAAUUACUAGAACAGGGUUAUGAUGAAUUUUACUAUCAAGGAGGGAAUUUAAAUGAGCCUCGGUUAAGUUAUACGGCAUUUCUUAAGCUGGUCCGUAAUAGGAGAAGUGAAGUGGUGAAAUUGACACGAGGAAACAAUUCUACUCGUCAAAGAGGCUCAAGUAGACGCUGUCACAAGGAACAGAUGGAGAUUCGAGCACUUAUUGAUGAGUUGGAGCACGUUCGGCAUGCUCAACCACGCGGUACGCUGGAUUAUGACGCUGUGAGUACUACUUCAGGCAGUGAAAAUUCCCGCGCCAUGAUGACGGACACGUCCGUGCCGUUUCUGUCGGAUGCGUCGUCGAUUAUGGGAGAUACAGGAACUGAUGGAGGAGUGUCGGCGGGAGACUUAUCUACAGCAGAGACGUACUCGUCUGUCAUUUCAGUAACGGACGGAAGAAAUGACGACGUGAUCGUCGCGCGGACCAAGCUGGAUUUGAUGCUGAGAGUGGCGCAAGAGACGCUUAUGGCGCAGAAGAAGAUUUUGGAGGAGGUCCGAGCAAUGGAACAGCGCAUUGAAGGCUAUCACUAG